AUGAAUGCUCCAUGGUUUCUCUCCACUUUCAUGUUUGUGCUUCUCAUUAGAGACAGCAGAGCCUGGUCGUACAAUGCUUCUACAGAAACCAUGACUUAUGAGGAGGCCAGGGCAUACUGUCAGCAAAAGUACACCCACCUGGUCGCAAUUCAAAACAAAGAGGAGAUCGAAUAUCUCAACUCCAUACUGAGCUACUCCAAGAGCUAUUACUGGAUUGGAAUCCGAAAAAUCAAUAACGUGUGGGUCUGGGAAGGGACCCAGAAGCCUCUGACUGAUGAAGCCAAGAACUGGGCUCCAGGGGAACCAAACAAUAAGAAAAAUGAUGAGGACUGUGUGGAGAUCUACAUUCAGAGAGAGAAGGAUACAGGCAUGUGGAAUGAUGAGCCGUGCAGCAAAAAGAAGCUUGCCUUGUGCUACACAGCUUCCGGUACUAAUCAGUCCUGCAGUGGUCAUGGGGAAUGUGUAGAGACCAUUAAAAACCACAGCUGCAAGUGCCACCCCGGCUUCCACGGACUCAGGUGUGAGCAAGUUGUUACAUGUGAAGCACAGGAAGACCCUCAACAUGGAAGGCUGGUUUGCACCAACCCCUUCAGGACCUCCAGCUACAACUCCUCCUGCUCUGUGAGCUGUGAACAGGGCUACCUGGCGAGCAGCAAACAGAACACGCAGUGCCUGCCCUCUGGAGAAUGGAGUGGUCCCACGCCAGCCUGUGAGGUGGUGGAAUGUGAUGCUUUGACUGCACCCACCAAUGGGAUCAUCCAUUGUUUGCCAAGCUCUGAAAGAUUUCCGUGGAACACAACUUGUGCAUUUGAGUGCAAGGAAGGAUUUGAACUAAUGGGAACUGCGAAUGUGCAGUGCACCUCCUCCGGGAUCUGGGACAGCGAGAAGCCAAGCUGUAAAGCUGUGACCUGUGAUGCCAUCCACCAGCUGCAGAAUGGCUCUGUGAACUACAGCCACUCUUCUGCUGGAAACUUUGCCUUCGGGUCAUCCUGCAGCUUCACCUGUGAGGAGGGCUUCGUGUUGCAGGGACCGGCCCAGAUUGAAUGCUCUGCACAAGGGCAGUGGACACAGCCAGCGCCAGCAUGUGAAGCUUUUCAGGGCAGAGCCUUAGCCAUCCCUGAGCAAGGAAACAUGAAUUGUCUUGCUAGUGCUUUGGAAGGUUUAAAGUGUGAGUUCUCUUGUGAGCAGAGAUUUUUGUUGUAAGGACCUGGAAGGCUCCUGUGUGACUCCACAGGAGACUGGGACUAUGAGAAGCCCACAUUUGAAGCCGUGACCUGUGAUGCUGUUCAUCAGCCCCCGAAUAGCAUGAUGAAAUGCAUGCAUUCCCCUACUGGGCAAUUCACCUAUAAGUCUUCCUGUACUUUCCACUGCAUGGAAGGCUUUGACUUACAUGGAUCAACUGAACUUGAAUGCACUUCGCAGGGACAAUGGACCCAAGCAGUCCCCUCCUGUGAAGUGGCACAUUGCUCAAGGCCAGAAAUUCUGGCACAGAUCAACAUGAGCUGCAGCGGUGAGCCUGUGUUUGGCACAGUGUGCAAGUUUGCAUGUCCUGAAGGAUGGAUACUCAAUGGCUCUGCAGUUCUGACAUGUGGUGCCACAGGACAAUGGUCUGGGAUGCUGCCUACCUGUGAAGCUCCUGCAGCCUCUAACAUUUCCUUGGCAGCUCAGCUUUCUGCUGCAGGAAUCUCCCUCAUGGCAGUGGGAUCAUUUCUCCUCUUGCUUUUGAAAAACUUUCGGAAGAAAG